GUAUCGUGUACUCGUUUGGAAUCAGCAACGAUUUUUCUUUUGACGAUGACACCGCCAAACACUACGAGUGUAAUGUCUUUUCCUUUGAUCCAAGUAUGACCCAGGCAUCCUACCAGAGGUCGCCACGUGUCCGAUUUUUUAAAUCAGGCCUUGGCGGAAAAGACCAGAAGAGCAAUUCCUGGGAUUUACAGACAUUGACGACCAUCAAGAAAAUGUUGAACCACACCGGGAAAUAUAUUGAUGUUUUAAAGAUGGACAUCGAAAAUUCAGAAUGGCCCUCGCUACCCAACAUGGUGUCAUCCGGCGAACUGUCGAACGUCGGACAGUUUCUCGUGGAAUAUCACGGACCUUGUAGCAACUUGAAUGACUGCGUCAGCAAACUGAAAAUAUUGAAAGACGUCCAUGAUGCAGGAUUCAGGAAGUUUUAUGUUCACAAAAAUCAUAACUGUGGAAUUACUAAUGCCUUAUUUCCAGUCAUAAGGACAUUUUGCUAUGAGAUUCAUUACGUGAAUAUCAAGCUUCAGUGAAGUCCAUGUUUAGUGAGUGAGUGAGCUUAGUCUUACACCGAUUGUAACAAUAUUCCAGCAACAUCGCUGCGGCUUUGUUCAG